GACCUCCGACGCCUCCUCCUCCCCUACCCGCUCCCUCGACGGCGGUGAUGACAGCCGCGAGCAGACAACAAAGGAGCGCCGCCGUGAGCGUAACAGGCUUGCAGCCCAGAAGCACCGUCUUCGCAGGAACGAGCGCAUGAGCCAGCUCGAACAACAGGUCCUUGAGCUCCAGCAGGAGAAGUCCCAGCUUGUUGCCCAGCUCGACGGUAUCAAUGCCCCUGCACAUGCAGCUGCCUCUGUAGCAGGAGCGCCGAUCCCCACCUCUGCCUCCGGAACACACCCAAUCGAUCCGGACCUCCGUCGUGAUCUGGGCUUCGGCUCUGACCUCGAUCCCCCACCUCGCACCAAGCGUCCCCGCACUAUGGCGGCGACGUCUGCUGACCGCGACCUACCCCAUGCGCACCCACAGCUCUACCAGGACACAAUUCGGCGCAUGGAGGAGCGAAUCCUCGAGCUCGAGCGUUGGUCCGAGGACCUCAACGGCGAUCUCACCGACGCGCUGGACUCCGAGUCGCACCUCAAGCAUGAACUGUCACAUGCUCUCCAUUCUGUAGAUUCACAUGCGCGUCGUCUCGCCGACGCGCUGCACCAGCUCGAGACAGAAAGAGCCCGUGCAGCUCGCGAGCUCGCCGACAUGACUGCCGCACGCGACGCGGAGGCUACUUCAGCACGUACGUUGCGUGAUGCGAACGCCGGUCUACGGGAGAGCGUCGAAGCAGCAGAAGUGACGCUUGAUCUGCAACGCGUUGAGAAUGAGCGGCUGCGUGACCGACUAGAAGAACAUGACGCCCGCGCUGCACGGGCCGCAUCCCGACUUGAGGACGAGUUGCGGGAGACACGACUUGUGCUUGACGAGGUGCAGAUGGAGAAUAGACGGCUACGCAAGUUACUGCGUGAGCAGGACGCGCUUGAAGAUGCGUCCCUUUCUUCCCGACUAGAGGCACGCGAACAUGAGCGACGUGAACGUGACCGCCUCUACGCCCGCUCGCCUUCAAAUUUGACAAUAUCGCCUCCGCGAUGUUGAUUUGUACGGACGCUCCGUCUGAUCCUCCAGCUUAUGCAGGCCGAACAACAGACGAACGCUCAUGCCGGUCAUGUAAAUGUACUUAUUUGUUCUCGUCUGUACCACCACCCAGCAUCGACACCUCCAACCGACACCGACUCGCAUCAUCAACACUCAAAUGCUUCCCGCUUUCGACGCUGUCAUCUUGACAUUGCCUCAUCUUCCCUUCUGGACCAUCAAAAUCCCUUGUAUUAUUUUACUUAUCAUAUUCUCCGUUCUCGUUUGUCUCUUUUGUUCUGCGUUCUUCCUUUUCUUUUGCUCUUUGCUCUCAUUCCCCACCCAUGACUGGCUGACCUGCCGGACCUCCCAAAAAAAAGCUUCGAUUCGAGUCAUACAGUGAACUCUCUGGGAUAGUAGCAGCAGUAUUAUUGAUUCAUUUCGCCGCCAAGCUGAUGGGUAGACUAUUCAGAUAUGGAGCGCCACUUCGGAUAUCAUACGUGCAUCUAUUUACAUUUGUUCCGACCCGCCAUUGCUUCGAACCCUACAUCGUAUAUCGCAUGCUGUAAAUUCACAAGGAGAAACUUGCACCACACCCUCCGGGACGUCUCCGUUGUACAGAAAAAGUAACGAGGGAAAAAAUUAACAUUGGAGCAGCGACGCUAUGCCAUAUAUGCUACGGGCGUGGGGAUGGCUUAGGGGUCAGAUGACUGGAAGUGACGCACUUGCGAAACGGAUUCAAGAUAGCCGCCCGCCCCUCGAUAAGCCUGGGUCGAGACAGCCUUGUUCACGGCCGACGAAAUGCGAUCUCUUCCAGAGGGGCAUCCCGCAAUGGUUGCUUACGACACGGUCUCGACUCUUGCGUGUGCGCGAUAAGCAGGCCGUAUUCAUACACAUGAGCAUCUGCAUUAACUGUGACCUUUAUCCUCCCCACCCCAGUGAUAAAAAACACGCGAACAGACCAGAUCCAGACUCAGCCGGAGAGCCGACGAUAGAUAGCGCAAUUUAUUUAAUGAAAAGAAAAGAGUUUGAUAACCUGCGAAUGGAGAUGGAUGCAAUUGAAAUCAGAGGUCCCCAUGGCGUGACCUCGGUGCCCUCUCCACUCCACCUCGACACGCAACACAUCGAGGCAGAUGACUCGCGAUACCCACUUGAUCGACCGAAUCGAGCUGGCUGUCUCUGA